UGCACUCCUUUUCAGGUUUUCGUGCUUCCAGUUUAGCAUAAUUUUUACAGAGACAAUGAUGUUAAUUAGGCAACGUUUCGGAACAAUAUCUCGGUUACUUGCCGGGACCUCGGUUCGACUAUGUAGUUCUCAGAAAUCCAGUGAACAAUCCAGUGAGUCUCACCAGGACGAAAGAUCUGAGAAAGAUAAAUCAGCUUCCGAUACAAAGUUGAUGUUGAGAACACAACUAUUCGAACAUGUUUCCACAAAAGAUAGGAAAACUUAUCUGGAGAUGAUAAAUGUGUUCGAAUCACGUAGCGUUCAGCGGAGGAAUCAUGUGGAGUUCAUUUAUGCUGCCCUGAAGCAUAUGGAAGAAUUCGGUGUCCAGAAAGAUCUCGCCGUUUACAAAGCUUUGGUCAAUGUAAUGCCCAAGGGUAAAUUCAUACCAACCAACAUCUUUCAGGCCGAAUUUAUGCACUAUCCUCGACAGCAACAGGUCAUCAUAGACCUGCUCGAUCAAAUGGAAGAUAAUGGUGUCAUACCGGAUUACGAGAUGGAAACCAUGCUGAUAAACGUAUUCGGUCGUAAGGGUCACCCGGUCCGCAAGUACUGGCGCAUGAUGUACUGGAUGCCUAAAUUCAAAAAUCUUUCCCCAUGGCUUUUACCCAAUCCUGUUCCAGAGGAUUCACUCGAGCUAGCUCGCUUGGCGGUGGAAAGAAUGUGUUCAGUAGAUUUGCUUUCUCGAGUCGACGUGCUCAAUAGCGAAGAAGUAACCGAGGCUCUAGAUCAUACCUGGAUCGUUAGUGGACAGAGCCCGGAACAAUCGGAAUUGCUGGCAAGGCAUAAGCAGAAACCAGUUUUUAUCGAGGGACCUUUCGUCAUAUGGCUUAGGAACCGAUCGAUCAACUACUUUCUGCUAAAAAGCGAAUCAAACCCACCUGCCCCAAAGGACGAUGAAGAUUUUGAUGAUGUUCGGAAUCUCAAAAUACCAUUUGUGGGCAUCGGUAUUAGUCAUUCGAUGGAAACCCCUCGCAACAAAAUUGGAUUCAAACGAUCGAUUCACGAGCAAGACGAUGGCACAAUUUUUGCCAUAUGCUGCACGGGAACGUCAACAAAAGAUUCACUGUUGUCGUGGGUGCGGUUGUUGGAAAAGCAUGGUAAUCCUUGCCUUGGAGAGUUGCCGGUGCUGUUUAAAUUCACCUCCAACGUACCUGAUCGGCUGAAAGUUGCCGCUUCAAGCGAAGAUGAUACGAAAGAUGCAUUAAAGGAAGAAGCGGGUGUUAAAGGCUAGCCAACUUUUCAAUUAAAACUCAUAAUAAAAAAUGUAAUAU